AACAGUGAAUGAAUGGUAGAGCUUGUUGGGUUUUAUUAUUAUUAUUGAGAAAUUUUUCAUCUUUUCUUAGUUUCGAGUCUAGUAGUAUAUAAUCUUUGGUUCAUGGAUUUUCUUAAAUAGCCGUUGGAAUUGAUUCUUCUUGUAAACAAGUACAAGUACAGGAGCACACACUGAAAAUCACUCACACCGACUACUCAAAGCAAUGGAUGAAAAAACCCUGCACUUGUAAUUGCAAUAUUUACUACUACUUGUUUCCAAAAAAAGAAAAUUUCUUUUCUGCAAACCACACUUGGAAUUUUUCAACAAUUAAUACAUUUCCUGCUCUCAUAUUUAAACUCAUCUUCUACCUGUACUUCAAUUCUAUUCAAUCCCUUCCCUUUCUUUAACUCUCUUUAAUCUCCCUAUACCCUCCAACCCUCCCUAAUAAUUAAUUAAGUUUUAAAUAAACCCAUCUCUCUAGCUAUCUCUCCCCUCCCUUAUAUAAAUGGCCUUUAGAUGUUCCAAAGCAACAACUUGAUCAUGCUGGUGGUGGUUUUGGCAAUAUUGGUGGAGGCAGAGGUGGUGUUAGUGUUACAAACAAUAACAACUCACCUCUAAGUAAUGGUAGUUGUGGUGUUUGUGUUUUUUCCUGUUCAGCUCUAGUUCUCCUUCUUCGCCGAGCCAAGAGCCAUUCUGGGCCCUCUCAGUCUCCUCUUCUCUUCUGCUCUUAGCUUGCUUCAUCUCCCUUAACCACAAGAACAUGAGCCGAAACGGGAAGAGUCCGAAGCUGGAUUUAAAGUUGAACCUUUCCCCACCAAGAAGGGUGAACCCAAGAGUGGUGGAUUCACCGAACAGGUCGGUAUCGUUGUCGCCGACGAGCUCAUGUGUGUCGUCGGAGCUGAGCCCAGAUGAGGCACUGAGGUACUCCAAUAGUCCAGAGGCUACAUCGAUGGUGUUGGUUGGGUGUCCCCGAUGUCUCAUGUAUGUGAUGCUGUCUGAGAAAGACCCCAAAUGUCCCAAAUGCAAGAGUACAGUUUUGCUUGAUUUCCUCCAUGAUACCAACAUCACCACCAACCCCACCAACAUUACCAAUAAGAAGUCAAGGAGGGACUAAGGCUAUCCAUUUGCCUCAUGCUAAUGCUGACAAUGAUCGAUGAUGAUGAUGAUGAUGCUGUUGCUGUUGAU